AAAAGUAAAGAAAGGACUUAAAAAAUAACAAAGAUGCUUUUGAGCCAGAAUGCCUCGGCCAUCAGAUCACUUAAUUUGAUUCUCAUGGUGUUCAUCAGCCUAGUAUUUGGUGUUUUACGUGAUUUGCCUGAUUCUUCAAAUGAACCUUGCGUUUUAAAAAUAACAUUACAAAAUUUCCGAUCAAUCUUAUCAUGGGAAUUUAAAAACCAUUCUGUUGUACCAACUCACUAUACAUCACUGUACACAGUCAUGAGUAGAAAAGAAGCUUUGAAGACUGUUGAGGGCUGUGUAAAUACCACGAGAUCAUUUUGUGACCUAACACGUGUGUGGAAAAACAUACAUGAGAUCUACAUUAUAACAGUAGAAGGAUUCAGAGGGAACACGUUGCUGGUCCAUUGUACGAAGACUUUCUUGCCGGCCAUGGAUAUAUCUUCUGAACCACCAGAGUUUGAGAUUGUUGGUUUUACAGACCGCAUCAAUGUGACGGUAAAAUUUCCAUCCAACAUUGAGGAAGGAUUGCAGUUUGAUUUACCACUCGUCAUCGAAGAGGAGUCAGAGGGGAUUGUUAAGAAGCAUGUUCCCAAAAUGAAAGGAAACAUGAGUGGAAAUUUCACCUAUGUCAUUGACAGGUUAAUUCCAAACACAAACCACUGUGUGUCCGUUUAUUUUGAAUCUGCAGACCAGGCGACAGUAGUAAAAUCUCGCUUAAAAUGCACCUUCCUUCAACCUGUCCAGGAGUCAGAACCAUCAGAAUCUGGCAAAAUAGGAGGAAUAAUUACCAUGUUUUUGAUAGCAGUGAUCUUGACAAGCACCAUAAUAGUACUGAAACGGAUUGGCUACAUAUGCUUAAGAAAAAAAUUUCCCAAAGUCUUGAAUUUUCAUAACUUUUCAGCCUGGAUAUUUCCCGAACUGCCACCGUGGGAAGCCAUGGAUAUGGUGGAGGUCAUUUACAUCAACAGGAAGAAGAAAGUUUGGGAUUACAAUUAUGAUGAAAGUGACAGCGAUAACGAAGCAGCCCCCAGGGCAAGCGCCGGUGGUUACACUAUGCAUGGGCUAACAGUCAGGCCUCUGAGCCAGGCCUCCGCCGCCUCCGCUGCCUCCAAGGAGUCCCAGUUCAUAGACCCAGACUCCUCCGAGGAGCCUGACCUGCCUGAGGCUGCCGCGGAGGCCCCCACGAUGCCAGGGCACAGCCCCUGGCAGCUGGAACACAUGAGUGGGCCCUAUGAGAGGAGAAAGAGUCCCCUCCAGGACCCCUUCCUUGAGGAGGACAGCAGCUCCACUGAGCAGUCUGGGGACAGAAUUAUCUUCAAUGUGGAUUUAAACUCUGUGCUCAUGAGGGUCCACGACAACGACAAGGAUGACAGUGACAACUCAGAAGAAGACCCUCUGAUGUUAUCAGUUCUUCCAGAAGAGACAGUUGGCCCAGAGGAUGCAGACGAAAGGGAAUCAAGCCUUCUGCUGGCCAGUGGGGAAGGGACACAGACAGCCUAUCUCAGCCCCUCUUCAGAGCACCUGUGGCCCGAAGAUGCUCCAUCUGAUAAAAGUGACACUUCGGAGUCGGAUGUUGACCUUGGGGAUGGUUAUAUAAUGAGAUGACUCCAUAACUAUUCAAUGAACUUGGACAAGUACGCUACAGAGUUCUCGCUCCUUGCACCCUAACUUGCUGCUUUGUGGUCUGCAAGUGUUCUCUAAGGGAAGGAGUGGGAAACUGUGGAGGAUGUCUCCUUCUUCCCGGGGACAUCAUCUAUGCAAAUCCCCAGUUUGGGGAACAUACUGUCAUUCGGUGCAUUGUUUACAUGUUCAAAGUGAUGCACUUUGAAGGGAACCUGCUGUGCCGUUCCCUUCACACUAAUGCACUUAUGAUGUAUGUGCAACAUGUUUCCCAGGAAGCAGGGUGCCGUGUGGUUUUCAGGGUUGGUUCAGGGCCCUGUGAUAUUUCUGGGACGUAAAUUGGGCCAGGUGGGAGCGGAGGAAGAAAAGGAAAACACUGGAUAGGAUUCCUAAGAGCAGCAGUCAGCAGGGUUUAGCAAGCAGAGCCCAUGAGGCCAGCAGGCUCAAGGAAAGCUGCAGAGCCGGCAGGAAAGGAGGCGAAGGGGCGGGAAGGCAGCUGGAGAGAAUGGAAGGGCCAGCGAGGGUUCAGUGAAUGGGCCUUGGGCACCUCGCCCAUGUCAUAUUUUGUCUCCUGCACUCUGAGAAUUCCACCUCAUCCAGCCCUCCUCAGUGUGAGUGUGGAAGACAGACUCCAGGCAGGUGACUACCAGAGAGAGGAAACAUUGCACAGGGGACAGGGAUAAAAUCUCAGUGCCAUAUUUUAAGAUUAAAAAAAGAAAAAGCACAAAAGCAGAAGUGCUUCAAAGUCUUCAGAAGAAUUAUAGCAUACAAGUCCCAGACAUAUUCGACAGUUUUAAAAGUGCUUCAUGUGCUGAUUCCAAAUGUCCUACAUGUGAUUACAGUUCCUAUGAAUCAGGAAGGAAAAAAAAGUGAGGUUCUAGAAUGUCAUGUAGCAAACAGUACAAGGACUGGGACUCAGAGAUCUGACUGCCUUGAUUUCACAAUGUGGCCCUAGGUAAUCUCCAAGAUUCUGUGAAUCUAGGAGAAAGAUUAGAAAACACCCAGGAAUAAAGACUCAGAUGGAAGAGCUGCAACCCUGAGAGGCUCCCAGGACAAAUGAAAGGUAGAAGACCUUCCUGUCUCACUCUCCUCCCCCUCUCAGACCUCUCUGCUAGGCCCAUUCAAAAGGGGAAAACCCAAAACUAUACGAGUCCUAGUUCAAGGACUUUAAAUGGAUUAUUUGUGUAAUUGCUUUAAAGUAACUCAAAAGGGAGAGGGCUGUGAGGAGGGAAGCCAUUUAUUUAAUGAUCUAAAGGAAUUCCAUAGGAAAGAGAUCUUGCUGUAUACACAGUCCCUUUCUCUGCCCUCUAAAUGCAUCUAUUGUAUUCUGAAAGAUUUCUAGAUUGAUAUUUUGGUAUAAUCUCUUUAUGACUGUGUGUGUGUGC